GGAAGUGUCGGGGAGGCGGAAAUGAAGUCCGAGGUCCUACGUCGAGGAUACGGGUGAGGUCAUGGCCGAAUCGGGAAGACGAGAGAUGGGGCCGAUUGAUCUAGAAAGACUUCGGCGGAUGCACAUGCGAAGUCAAGGUCGAGAUAGCGAGGGAACGAAGGCCUCACAUGAACCAGGAAGCGGGGCGGCGGGGCUUCCGGCGCCGAGGAGAUUCAACUACGGCGGCCGCGGAGGCCCGUCCGAUUGCUGCUCCGCGCUCCGAGCGGCUGUCGGCGUGCGCUAUCGCCCCGCCCUGGUUAGUGUCUAGCCGGCCGGCGAAGCCUGCGCAGUUGCGGCGGCCGGGGAAGAUGGUGGAGGACGGCGCGGAGGAGCUGGAGGAUCUGGUGCACUUCUCCGUGUCUGAGUUGCCUAGUCGCGGCUACGGCGUCAUGGAGGAGAUCCGGCGGCAGGGCAAGCUGUGCGACGUGACCCUGAAGAUUGGGGACCACAAAUUCAGUGCCCACCGGAUUGUCUUAGCAGCCUCGAUCCCGUAUUUCCAUGCUAUGUUUACAAAUGACAUGAUGGAGUGCAAGCAGGAUGAGAUUGUAAUGCAAGGAAUGGACCCAAGUGCCCUGGAGGCUCUGAUCAACUUUGCCUACAACGGCAACCUUGCCAUUGACCAGCAAAAUGUCCAGUCAUUGCUGAUGGGGGCGAGCUUCCUGCAGCUGCAGAGCAUCAAAGACGCCUGCUGCACAUUCCUUCGAGAACGGCUUCACCCAAAAAACUGCCUGGGUGUGCGCCAGUUUGCUGAGACAAUGAUGUGUGCUGUGCUGUACGACGCUGCCAACAGCUUCAUCCACCAGCACUUUGUGGAGGUGUCCAUGUCGGAAGAGUUCCUGGCCCUGCCCUUGGAAGACGUGCUUGAGCUGGUGUCUCGGGAUGAGCUGAAUGUCAAAUCUGAGGAGCAGGUCUUUGAAGCUGCAUUGGCCUGGGUCAGAUACGACCGGGAGCAGAGGGGUCCCUACCUGCCUGAGCUGCUGUCCAAUAUCCGCCUGCCCCUCUGUCGGCCCCAGUUCCUUUCAGACAGAGUACAGCAGGAUGACCUGGUGCGUUGCUGCCACAAAUGCAGGGACCUGGUAGACGAAGCAAAGGACUACCACCUCAUGCCAGAGCGCCGGCCCCACCUGCCAGCUUUCAGAACCCGGCCACGCUGCUGCACGUCCAUCGCUGGACUUAUCUACGCUGUAGGGGGCCUCAACUCAGCAGCAAAUUUUUAUGCAGGUGAUUCCCUGAAUGUGGUGGAAGUGUUUGACCCCAUUGCCAAUCGCUGGGAGAGAUGCCGUCCCAUGACAACAGCCCGCAGCCGCGUUGGCGUGGCUGUGGUGAACGGGCUUCUCUAUGCCAUCGGAGGAUAUGACGGCCAGCUACGGCUGAGCACUGUGGAGGCCUACAACCCGGAGACAGACACAUGGACCAGAGUGGGGAGCAUGAAUAGCAAGAGAAGUGCCAUGGGGACAGUCGUGCUGGAUGGACAGAUCUACGUCUGUGGGGGCUACGAUGGCAACUCUUCCCUCAGCUCCGUGGAGACCUACUCACCUGAGACGGACAAAUGGACAGUGGUGACCUCGAUGAGCUCGAAUCGCAGUGCUGCUGGGGUUACAGUCUUUGAAGGCAGGAUAUAUGUGUCAGGCGGCCAUGAUGGUUUGCAGAUCUUCAGCAGUGUGGAACACUACAACCACCACACCGCCACCUGGCACCCUGCAGCUGGCAUGCUCAACAAGCGCUGCCGGCACGGAGCCGCCUCCCUGGGGAGCAAGAUGUUUGUCUGCGGGGGCUACGAUGGCUCUGGCUUCCUCAGCAUUGCCGAGAUGUACAGCUCUGUGGCAGACCAGUGGUGCCUGAUUGUCCCCAUGCACACGCGCCGGAGCCGGGUCUCCCUGGUGGCCAGCUGUGGGCGCCUCUACGCUGUUGGGGGCUACGAUGGACAGUCAAACCUAAGCUCAGUGGAGAUGUAUGACCCAGAGACAGACCGCUGGACAUUCAUGGCCCCCAUGGCGUGCCAUGAGGGAGGGGUCGGUGUGGGCUGCAUCCCUCUCCUCACCAUCUAAGGCAGAGGAUGGGAUGUGGUGGGGCAGGGAUCUGGUACAGACAUAGGCGCUUCCUUCCAGGAACAGUCCCUCAGGAGAGGCAGUGGACCAGAAGAGAUGGCGAAACGUGAGCUCGCCGGAGGUACAGUUUUUCCAGGUGCUUAAGCCCUCCCCCACUGUGCCACCCUUGUGACCUUCAGGCUUGGGUCAUCAAGAUGCACAGCACGGAACACAAGCUCCUCUGGAUCCCGCAGCUGGUGACAUGGAACUGUUUUCUGGUCCACAUGAACACAGGCUCCAUCCAGGCCCAGCUCCUACCCACCGCCUCUCUGUGGGCCAACUGUUCACAGAAGGCCUUCCAUCUGAUGCUCCCCAUCGCCUGCUUGCUCUCCAGCCGAGUCUGGCCAAUUUGCCAUGGGGAGGCUGCAGUGUCCAAGCCUGCUGGAAACUGGGAUGUAGCUGGGGACGAAAGGACAGACCCAAGCGUUCUCCCUGCCUGAGAUGGUGUGGCCACAAAAGUGGAGGGCUGCACACAGGCACAUUCCUUCUUCCACAGUGGGGCACCAAGGAUUCUGUCCUCAUUGCUGGGUAAGCAGGGAGAAGAGAAGUUUUCCCCAUGUCUAAUUUUGGGAUUUCAGUGAGGCCUUUUCCAUCUGUCCAGGAGAACAGAAGGGAAAAAAAGAUACUUGAAAGAAACUGAAGGAAAUUUAAACAAAGAAACACUUGAAAGAAACUGGAAAGAAAAAUAAUUUUUUUAUGUGAACAAAUUUUGCAAGAAGAAAAAAGCGUAAAAGACACUAACGGCAAAUCUAUGUUUAAAUGGAAAACCGUCUAACUGGAGAAGGGCGGUAUCCACCCCACAUUCGAAUCCCAGGGUCCUGAGGCCUCGCAUUGAGCUGGGGGUUCCCUCUGAGCCCCAGUGUGUGUGGAAUCAGUGCACUCUUGACUGGGCCUGUAGUAAGGUGCUCAUGGGGUUUGUCUUCACACCCACCAUCAGAGGACUUUUAAAAUCAUAGGCGUAGAGAGUUAGCUAUCUGCUGAAUUACUGCCACUCUUCUUGGUGGGGGCUCCUAGCUGUGGCUGGGGGCUCCAGGCACCCCUGUGAUUACCUCCUACUGCCACCAUGGCGCUCAUUCAGAUUCCCCACUCUCACUAACAUUCCUUCCUUUUUUGACCAGCAGGAAACAGCAGGUCUGGCCAGAUUCUCACUUGCCCAUCAAUCUCGUUCUUGGAUGAUUUCCCUCAUUGUGAUGCUUCUGGGGCACGUUGACCAUAUGCACCUCUAGAACCUAACCAGGGCUUCCUUCUACCAGCUGUGGGCGGGCUUGGUCUGGUAACUUUGUCUGCCCUGCCAUUCCACUGCUCUUCCGUCCACUCGCCAAUCCCAAGAGUCUGGCCUCCCUCCAGCCCUGGGCAGACUGACCAGCAAGGUGGACCUUUACAUUCAAGCACAGCUGGCUUUUAAGACAUAAAGAACUAAAGGCCGAAAGAAUCUCUUGCUGCUGCAAAGAACAGAUUUUAUAUUUCUUCCUCUAAUCUUGGCAAAUGACCUUUACCUUUUGGAAAGAUUUCAUACUGCUUCCUCCUUCUCCCUGGAUAGGACCUAAUGUAGCACAGCGGGACUCAAAGAGGAGGACAUUUUCUCUUGCCAGUGCACUGGGCAGUGGGGCUGUCCUUCAACUGCUGCUGCCAAAAUUGGUUUUCUAAAAUUCUUCCAGUAGAGACUAAAAGAAGAUUCAAUUCCUGUAACCCAAGACUGAGUCUUAGGGCUCCAGUCUCCACCUGCUUGGUUUCCUGUCCUUUGCUGCCUGCCUGGGGUGGCCUGGAAGCCUGUUCAGAAAGGCACAAUGUGGAGCCUGGGGUGUCUCCCCCACCCCAGGACCGUCAGGUUUACCAGUGUGUGCAAUCGCCAUGUAUUCAGAGGGAAGUACCUUUGUUACCUACAACUUAGGAGCUAGGCCUCUGCUACAAGCACUUGAAAAUGAUAUUUUUAUUUUUAACGUCUCAACAAUCUGAUAUCGGAUGUCGUUUAACCUGGGCUCGUGGUAGAGCUCCAGCAUUUCUCCCUCCUUCCUGGUUUGCCUGUAGGGGUAGACUCGGAAGGCAGGUGGGGUGUGCGUUUCCUGUUAGGAGUGUAUCAGUGCUUGUCUUAUUAUAAGCCCCUUUCUUUUGUGAAUUUGAAGUAGCACCAACAAGCCUGGAUUGUGACGGUAUUAAGAAUCGGUCUGUGGGCUACUGAGUGGGUCCUUAGGAUACUGGCCCAGAUUUUGCCACUGGGUAUGGUAGAUCAUUUUCUACCAUGGCCUGCUGCUCUUGUAGUGGCCUUCCUGAGUCCAAUCCCACCUCCUGGUGUAGAAUUUACACUGCUGCACCUGAGGUCGAUGUUUCAAAGUAAGAUCAAGCCAGUGUUUUGAUCUGGGCUCUGAGCACAAGUCAGGAAACACCAACAUAUUCACACUCUCCCAGUAGGUUCCUCAGUCUGAUGGUGAAUGGCUAUUCGUAAAUGGCUGGUCUGGCUCUUUGGUGUUGGAGCCUUUCCAAUAGCCCCAUGAAAAGAAGCAUCACCCAAGGAUAUUGUGAAAAGGAUGUAACAAGGAGAUAGGGUAGACAUUGUGCUCAGUGGGCCUUGGGGCCUAGCCCAGCUCUGAGCAGAGGACUGUGGCAUUCACUGUCCUUGAGUGUUUCACCUUCUUGGAUAACACACGGGCCUUCUCUUCUGGAUUUCAUCAGAGAUUACAGCCAGAUGGGGGCUGAAGACCAUCCUCUUGACCACAGAGGUGUGACUGUGGGAAUUCCUCCCAAUUUAUGGUUUCCCAGAAAAUCUUAGUUCCUUUUAUUUAUAGAAUGCAUGUCUUUUGUGUUAAGAAACCAAAGAGAAAUAAAGAGAACACUCCUAAUA